UUGUUAAGUACUUAAUGAGAACACACACACUUUUCAUACAGGGGAAAAAAAACACUUACAUUAAAAAAUCAUAUUGUAAUUCGAUUAAAAUUUAUCUGCAUAUUAUUGACGCUUAAUUAAAAAGUCGAAAAAAUAUCUAUAAAAAAAUUUAACAUGGAAAAUAAAAAUAUAAACCGAAAACAACAACUGUUGAAUGUCAUGUCUUACUCGUCCGACAUGCGAUAUUCACUGAAAUUAAAAAAUUUGAAAGCCAACGAAAUGGAUCCAGUCAACGACAGAAUGUCAUCGAAAGAUAAAUUUAUUGUGAAAUAUCGCCAACAGUAUUAUGAUAUAUCGCAUUUUCUGCAUAAGCAUCCAGGUGGCAUUAAUACACUUAAGGGAUUGAAUCAAGGUGAUAUGACAGCACGAUUUAUGAAGGCUCCACCGCAUUCCGAUGCGGCAAUGUAUCUGAUGCAGGAAUAUAAGAUAAACGACCAGGAUGUGGACACCAAUGGAAGAGGCAAGACCAAUGUAAAACGACGACAUGUGGCGGAAAACGAUGGGGUCGAGCUAUUAGAACAGCCGAGCGAUCAGAAGGAGGAUAGAAAUAAUAAUCAAUUGGAUGAGAGCAUGGAGCAUUUAGUGGAUUGGUCCAAAGCAAUGUUGCCCCAAAUAGCCAAUAUAACGGAACACUAUGAUGAAUGGGCACACAAACCUGUAGACAGACCACUGCGAUUAUUCGGACCCUGGUAUCUGGAAAUGUGUACAAAAACUCCAUGGUGGGUGGUUCCCCUUUUCUGGAUACCUGUGAUUAUACAAUGUGGGUGGCAGGACUUUUACACCAGUUGGAAUGAUGCAAAUCAGCUGACUGUGCUUUGUGCAUGCUUCAUAUUCGGUAUACUUUUGUGGACAUUUGUUGAGUACACAUUGCAUCGGUGGGUUUUUCAUGUGAAGCUGACUAAGAAUAGUGGUCCUUGGAUAUGUACAUUUCACUUCUUAAUUCAUGGUUUGCAUCACAAAGUGCCCUUUGAUUCGAUGCGUCUGGUAUUCCCGCCUCUUCCUGGUGCAGUGCUGGCAUCCAUUAUUUAUUUGCCCUUGAGCUUUUUCCUUUUUAACCCUCGUGUGGUCUUAUCUGGGGCUUUAUUGGGCUAUCUGUGUUAUGAUAUGAUGCACUACUAUUUGCAUUAUGGGAAUCCAUCUACUAAGCAUAUGGUGCACAUGAAACGAUAUCAUUUCCAACAUCACUUCUCCCAUCAAGAUCUCGGCUACGGAAUCAGCAGCCCUUUAUGGGAUGUGAUAUUUAAAACACGUAUACAUUUGCGUAAAUUAAGAUAUCAAUUGCGCUGGUCGUAGUUCUGAUUGAUGUAAUAUAAAUUUAAAUAGGCCAUAAGUAAUAAAGAUAAGAUUGAAAAUA